GGGGAGGGCCUCAAUAAGGAAGAAGGAAGAACCACAUUCUUCCCAGAAGACGAAUGAAUAAAGAACAGUGCAUGGUCUAAAGUAUUUUCAACAUGAGCAACCAUUUAAGUUCUACAGUGGUUACCAUGAAUCCAUCAGACGUGCAUAAACUGCUGUAUGAUAUAAGCGAGGAUCUAGACAAAACUGAAACCCUUGAAAUGAUUUUCCUUUGUGAGAAGCGCAUUACUGCCCAAGAGAAAGAGAAUAUCACAGAUGCAAAGACCUUAUUCUCAUAUCUUCAAAGGAAAGAUUGUAUAAGUGGUGACAACUUGUCCUUCUUGAAAGAGUUACUCUACAGAAUUGGUAGAAACGACCUACUCAGAGAAAAAUUAGGAGUUAGAACAGAAGAUAUGAAGCAGCUUAUUGAAAUAUCUGCACAAAUUUCUCCAUACAGGAUUUUACUUCAUGACAUUUCACAAGGUCUUUCUAAAAAACAAGUGGAUGAUUUGAAAUACUUGCUGAAUCUAAGCACAGCCAAAACAGAAAAUGCUCCUAUACUGGACAUAUUCUUGGAACUGGAGAAGGUUGGAAAAUUAAGCCCUGAAGACCUACAGGUGCUAAAAUAUAAUUUAGAAGCAAUUGGAUGUAAAAACCUUUCCAAGAACAUUGAAGACUUUGAAAGAGCAUCAGAAGCUGAUAAUCAAGGCUUAGAAAGCCUACCAGAUUUAAUUGAGAAGAUUUCAAUACAAGAGGAGCAGUCUAACAUGACUGUACAAGAAGCUUCCACUGGUCAACCAAGGUUACCCCAGGCAGAAACUGAAAGUGACUCUGGAAGACCUCAACAACACACUCAUAUAAAUUUAGAAACCUACCGCUUGGAGAAACAACCUCAUGGCUGGUGUGUGGUCAUUAAUAAUUAUGACUUCAGAGAGGCAAGGUCUCGGGAUUGUAAAUACAGUAACAGAGAAGGAACAAUGAAAGAUGCAGAGGAUAUUACAAAGAUAUUUAAUGAACGUGGCUACAUCACAGAGGAGCACAAAGAUCUAACUGCUGAAAACAUACGGAAAACCUUGGAGAUGUAUAGUAAGAAGGAUCAUGCAGAGAAUGACAGCUUUGUGUGCUUUAUUCUAUCUCAUGGAGGGAUAGGAACUGUAUGUGGCUGUGAUGGGGAAGAGGUAGAAAUCAAAAGACUGACAAAAUAUUUUAAUGGGCAACACUGCCCCUCCCUUAUCAAUAAACCAAAGAUUUUCUUCAUCCAAGCUUGCCAGGGGAAAGAGUCACAUCCAAAAGUUGAUAUUAAUACAGAUACUGAAUCGUCUUUUUCUUUUUAUGAACAAGAUGCAAUGGGAACUCAUCUACCCCUAGAAGCAGACUUUUUAACCGCAUUUGCAACAGUUGAAGAAUAUACAUCUCUAAGGCACAUAGAAAAAGGAAGCAUUUAUAUUCAGCAACUGUGCAAGGCAUUGACAACACAUUUAUGUCAAGACUUGAUUGACAUGCUAACCUUUGUUAAUAAUGAAGUUGCGGGUAUGCUGUUCCCUUUAGGGAGGAAGAAUGUGACACAGAUGCCAUCGUUUAAAUCAGAGUUACGCAAAAAACUCGUUCUGCCGCCUCCCGAUGCCACUCAGUUUAGAUAAAACAUCCUCACAAGCCAGUGUUGAUCCUGUCAUGUGAUCCAAGUGGAACAGAAGGCGCUUUUAACGCCUUGCCUGCUGAUCCUCUUUGAUCUAAAUGUGCCCCGUGAUGCUUAGCAAUAUGUUGUAUGUAUGUAACUAUGUAACUAUGUGAGGCCUAGAUCAAAAGGAAGUAAAAUGUAUGGCAGGCAAGGUGUUAAAAUGAAAACUAAUGCUGCUUGUUGUCAGGGGGACUCCAGUGUCUGCUGCUAACACCCUCCUCACCCUUCCAUGCUUGCCUUUUUGUGAGUGAGUGGAGGGAGGUGCAAAUGCUAGAGAAGAAUGAGCAGUUGUGCGAUUUGCACUAGAAGAGCCAAAUUUCCAUUUUAAAAAAUGUAAAUUCAGGUUUUGGAUUUACUAGAGGUGCCUUCUUGACACCCCUGGCAACUCGCAGCACACUGCUGCCUGGGGUAGGGGUCAUGGCAGGUGUAGGGUUGCCAACUGGCCAUUAAAGAUGUUAUUAAUAGCGACCAAAGAUAAUUAUAUAUUAAGGCUGCUUAAUGGGCAACUAAAGCCUAAAAAAAAAUAUUGCUAGAAAUGUUUAGCUAUGUGUUUUGAGCCCUUCUACCAGCCCAAAGCCACCAAUGCUCUAUAGAAAUACAGGUCCAUUCCGCUGAAGCUGCCCACAGUAGCUCUCCAUCUUUAGCCUUGCCCAACUACUGCACAUGCUCAGUCUGCUCUUGGCUGAUGUGAGUAACCUGAGCUUAGGGAUCCUUUUUCUUAUGCCGGCUUGCUCUAGUCACUGCCCGGUCACUAUUAAACAUGCAUAGAAGCCAACCAAUCACAGUCCUGUCUGGCUGCUCCCUAAAAAACUCAAGUACUGCUCUGGCACUUUGAGCUUGGGGCGAGACUUUGGCUGAAUCCUUAUUGUGUGACUUUUCUUUGCACCUUGUUAGAAAGGAUGGAAACAUUGACAGAACUUAAAGAAACUGAAUUCAGCGCAAUUAUUUUAAAGUAUUAAAUUCUUAAUUAAACAUAAAAAUAGGUUGAUUCUAUUAUUUAUAUACUAUAGAGUGAAAACAACAUAUACCCCACCCACAUAGGGAACAAACAUUACAAAAAACAUUGUAUUGUAUACAAAGCAAAGUCAAUGGAGAUUCCUGCACUGACCGUUUAUUAUAUAGAGAACACAAGCAAUGACUAAAGGUGCUCUCCUCUUUUCCUGUGGGCUAUUGGGGAUUGACGCAUCGUGCCGUGUGAGCAGUAAGGCUGAGCAUUUAUAUAUUCAAUUUCCAAAGUUUCAGUCACUUUGCUUAUACAAACAGUCCAUCUGGGAACAAAUAGUUCCAUUGCAAAGGCUUUUCUAUAAGUAACAUUGAUUUGCAUAGCAUCUUAUGAUCUCCCCCCAUGCCCAAUGUACAGACCAUUAUUGGCUUUAGUUGUGGGGACACAAACCAACAACCUCUAAAAGUGUUUAUGAAGCAGUUGCAGUGGGGAUUGUGCGCAUUACGCAUGGGAAGAGGCCAAACUGUGCCAGUAGGUGUACAGGCAGAACAACAAGAUAUGUACAGGGGAACCUCUGCACAAACACUAUA